AUGGGAAGAAGACCAGCGAGAUGCUACCGCUACUGCAAAAACAAGCCUUAUCCCAAAAGCAGAUACUGUAGAGGUGUACCCGAUCCGAAGAUAAGAAUUUAUGACAUGGGAAGAAAAAAGGCAGACGUAAAUGAAUUUAGUGGAGUGGUUCACCUAGUGUCAUACGAAUAUGAACAAAUAUCCUCAGAGGCGUUGGAAGCAGCACGUAUUAGUGCAAACAAAUAUAUGAUUACGAAUUGCGGUAAGGAUAACUUUCACUUAAGAGUUCGAGUGCACCCUUUCCAUGUGUUAAGAAUAAAUAAAAUGUUGUCGUGUGCAGGUGCUGAUAGGCUACAAACAGGUAUGAGAGGUGCAUUUGGAAAACCGAACGGUGUUGUUGCAAGGGUUGAUAUUGGACAAGUACUUCUCUCCAUAAGAACUAAAGAAAAUUUUAUUGCAAAGGCAUGUGAGGCAUUGAGAAGAGCCAAAUAUAAAUUCCCGGGUAGACAGAAAGUUUUUGUUAGCAACAAAUGGGGAUUCACCAACUUUUCCAAAGAUCAAUAUCAGGAAUAUAAGAAAAAAGGAAGAAUAAUAUCCGAUGGAGUCAGCUGCAAAUUUAUUAGGGAAAAGGGACCAUUAGAUAAAAUAUACAAGGACAUAAAUACAGUUAUUGAGUCCUAA